GGGGUGUGUGUCCGUCCACAUGCGUGAGGAUGGGCGGGAGUCAUUUGACACCUCUGCUGCGAUCGGGCUCCAGGAACUGACCUCUGGCCAUGGCGUCACGUAGCAAGCUCCUUUACCUGCUAAGCUCUCUGUUUUCUCUGAGGGAGAGCAGCACGCCGACAUGGGUGGCUGGUCUGCCGUGAGCGCCACAGGUAAAACCUAGCAGCUACUACUGUCUUUUUCUUUUCUUAGCUUUGCGCUACCGUAGGUAACGGAACUCGGAGCCUCACGCAAGUUCUCGACUUCUGAGCCAAACCCUUCCCCAGCAGCCUCCAUCUUUAGUGAAGAUCAAGCCAGCAGCAGAUCGAUAAGAAACUGGUCCUUAGACCUCACCAUCAGGCUCACAACAAGCCCGGUGGAACUCCAGGCCUGGUCAACGGGUCCUACACACCUCCUCCAUCACAACCUGCCUCCAGCCAUACGGAUAGGUAUGAAGGUACCAGGCUGAAACUGCUCAAGGUGGCAGCUGCUGAAAGCUUUGCCAACGUGGCCUGGCAGUGCAAAAGCAUUGAAAAGGGACCUUGGUUAUGGGGACAAACGUUUCCUCCUCCAUCGAUUCACUGUGCAACUCACCCUGGGCUUGAGCCACUUCAGUUUCUCUGCCUGCAAAACAGAACCGAUCGUUCUAGAAGCAAAGUGAGCAGUGUUCAACAAUGACUUGUGAGGAUGCAAAUACCCAAGAAAGUUGGGUCUGACCAGAGUGUUGGGCCAGAUACCCUCUGAGGCGCCCCGCGAGGAUGGACAGAGAGAUGCAGAGGAGCAGUCGAGAACCAGACAGCACCACGUCUCCAGUGUGUGACCCGCGGUGGCCUGGGACAGGAACUUGGGCUAAAGUCAUCCCUUCGCAGUACCUGUCGGAGACACUCCGCGCCGUUCGUCGCGCGCAAAACUGCAGCUGGGCCCCGGCGAGCCAGGAAAAGCGGAGCAGCUCCGGGUUCCCCGCUUCGCGGAGGCGACGCGCAGCGCCCCGGGGGCCAGUCCCGCUCCGGGCCAGGCGCCGUACGAGCGCAGAGCCCCUGGACGCUCGCGCCCCACCUGCCCGCGCCAGGCACCCGCGCGCGGCCCCAGCUUUGUUCGCAACGGCCCGCGGAGCCCGUCGCCGCGCGCCCCUUUCCCGCCACCUGGCCACACAGCGCCCUCGGCCGGCGCGGGGCCGACUCCCGAGCUUACCUGCGGGGGCUGCGGCGUCGGGUCGUCCACGGGACGGGGCAGCCUCGGCUCAGCGCGCGGGCCGCUCGCGCAGCCGCCCCGCACUCCUCAUCCGCGGCCGGAGCCUGCCCGCCCGGAGUGCCCGGUCCGCCCUGAUGGGCGCUGGGCGCCCGGAGCUCCGACUCGGCCGCAGGCUGCGCGGUCUCGGGGUCCGGGGAGACGCGUUGUCCCCACCGUCCCUUCAGGCGCCGCUAGCGCCACCGGCCUGGAGCGCGGGACCCCGAGAAGUUUCGGCCCCGACUUAGCGGCACCGUUGGCGGCCACGGCUCGAGUGCAGCGCCGGCGCGGGGCGCGC